AUGUCCUCCGCUCGGUCCCGGCCGCUGCAACGGCAGGCGACGAUUGGCUCGCCAACGGAUACCAGAGGGCCAGAUAGCGCAGGUUAUUUCCCCCCAAUAUCGCCUCAAGUCAAUCGGGGGAAGAGGCCAUCAGUGGGCCGACGAGCAUCCACCGCCAAACCCCAUAGGGGCGAACAGUUCUCCGUUGACGAUGAUCCGUCCGAAGUCGAGGAAGACCGUGAGGUGCGACCUCCGACUGUCUCAAGGUCGCAGUCAACGCGUCGGAGAAGAACCACCUUUCAGCCUCCGCAGCUGCCACGUGUAGACUCCAGCCGCGAGGAGGACGAGGAGGAGGCAGAAACAGAACCAGAGGAGCCAGUCACACCUCACCAACCAGAACCCCAGGUCGAGGAGGAACACGAUGAAGACGUUGCCGAGGAAACAUUAGAUGAAGCUGCAGAUGGAGAUGAUGAUCUCGAUUUGAGUGACGCCGAGAGUUUCACACUCAGAGACCGUCAGCUGGCCAUCAACCAAACUCAUCCCUUCGGUAUCAGGAUCUGGAAGCCAGCGCUAUACAAGAAGAAUAGAUCAGUGGAAAAGAACGCGGAAGAGGACAUCCAUUCGUCACCGAGCCAGAUUGUAAGCCCCUGGCUGUGGUUCUUUAAUGUGUUGUGGACACUGCUGUUCGGAUGGUGGCUUGCAUUGGCCGCCAUUCUCGGUGCAGUCGCCUGCUUCAUGUUUGCAUUUGAGAAAAGCGCCGCUGCUUACGGUCGAGUCUUCUGGGGCAUUUCGGGCUAUCUCUUUUGGCCGUUCGGCAAAUUCGUGAGACUCGAAUCGGAUGAGAACUACGCCGAGGAAGAUGAGGGUGAAGGUCGAAGCAUUGGAGAAUACGAGCGCUGGCAGGCCGGCGAUCUGGAAUACGGACGCCUUAUGUUUGGUCCGACUCUCACCCACACUGGCUCCAUCGUCGGCAGACGACGCAACAGCAUCGAGUCGGCAAGCGAACACGACAGCCUACUUGAACGAUCUGGUAGAAUGGACCGUUAUGAAACUGACCUCGGCACUCGUGCCAAACGCCGACUCUUUGGUCGUGGCCAAUGGACGCUAGGAAGGGUGAUCUUCUUCGUCUUUUUCUACUUCAACCUCGCACCCUUGAUGGCUGUGGUCUCCCUGAUAUGCUGGUUUCUAGUCUUCUGGAUCCCAAUGGGAAGAGUCACGUGGAUACUCAUCCAUCAUAUGCGAAAGCGUCCUUUGGCCUUGGGGUUUCACGCUGAUGUGUCACACGCUCGGGAGUCGUCUAGGCCGUCAUCUAUUCUGCUUUGCACCUACAGAGCAGUUGGAAUCAAGUACUGGAAGUAUACGGUUGACGGCACCAAUAUCUUUCUGAUCAAUUUCCUCGCCGUGGUUGUCUUUGUCAUCUUCGACAACUUCUUCCUCAGAGAAUUCUUGAAGAUCGAGACAUGGUUCACCAGUCCUGCUCUUCUAUUUCCGCUGGGUUUGGUUUCGAUUAUUCCACUGGCGUACUUCAUCGGACAGGCCGUGGCAUCCAUAUCUGCACAGUCAACAAUGGGCAUGGGUGCAGCUGUCAAUGCGUUCUUCUCCACGGUCGUGGAGGUCUACCUAUACUGCAUCGCGCUCAACGAGGGUAAAGGCCGCCUGGUGGAAGGUAGCGUCGUUGGCAGCAUCUUUGCCGGCAUUCUCUUCCUGCCGGGACUAUCAAUGUGUUUUGGGGCUAUCAAACGAAAGACACAGCGUUUCAAUGUCCAAUCCGCCGGCGCCAGCUCCACGAUGUUGCUAUUUGCGGUCGUUGCGGCGUUCGCUCCGACUCUGUUUUACAAGAUUUAUGGCAGCCACGAGCUUAUCUGCAAAGAAUGCUCCAACACCUUCGAUGACGAACGAGAUUGUCGCCAAUGCUACUUCCGCCAAGUGCCAGCCAUCAAUGAUCAAUUCUACACUACUGCCGUUCGACCCUUCGCUUGGGCAGCUGCAGUCUUGCUGUUCUCAUCGUACAUGAUUGGUCUGCUCUUUACUCUGCGUACUCAUGCUUCCAUCAUCUGGAGUAAUGAGGCCGACGAGAAGAAGCCAAUCACAGCGUCUCAGACGCUCGAGAUCAGUCCAACAGACACAAGACGGCAGAGCAUGUACCCAUCUCUAGGACAGCCUACAGCGCACGGCAGUCAGGUUUCGCGUACGAAUGUUAGAAACUCGCAGCUUUACAAGAAGAUCCUUGGACAGUCUCUUAAGUCAGCUGGUCUUGCUCCUGAUGGUGAUGGUUCUGGUGAUCAAACGCGCCUGGGGUCACAAGUUCAUGCAAUCGACCAUGCACAAGGCGAGCUCCCGCACAAGCCACCACCCAGGCCUAAUCGAAGCGGUCUUACGACCCCGGAUCCUCAAGCAGAAAUGAUUCCUGGGCUAACGGCGGAAGAGAAUAGCAAGCUCCUUCGGCGCGUGACCGAGCUUGCAUCAACAGCAGCAACCGUGGCAGCGAGAGAGGCUACGGCAAACCCACGUGCAGCUGCUUACCAGGCGACUCAUAACAAGAACGACAAGACCUUGAGGCCGUCCGGAAUCCAGCGCUCUGACACCAUUGGCGCUCCCGCGGCUGCACCAGCUCAGACGGAGCAAGUCGCGGGUGGUCAUGAUGCGCCAAACUGGUCCCGGACCAAAUCAAUGGUGAUUCUACUCGGUGCAACCGUGUUAUAUGCCGCUAUCGCCGAGGUCUUGGUCGACACCGUUGAUGUCGUUCUUGAGUCAUCUGACAUUGAUGAAAAGUUUUUGGGUAUCACACUAUUCGCGCUUGUGCCCAAUACAACGGAGUUCUUGAACGCCAUAUCCUUUGCAAUGAAUGGUAACAUUGCCCUGAGUAUGGAAAUUGGUUCUGCAUACGCCUUGCAGGUCUGCCUUUUGCAAAUUCCGGCGCUUGUGUUGUACUCGGCCCUGCACGGCAGAUAUGUCGAUCCCACAAGUCUUCUGGACCACACCUUCAACCUUAUCUUUCCUCAAUGGGACAUGGUGACCACGAUACUGUGUGUCUUCUUGCUGAGCUAUAUCUGCACAGAGGGCAAGAGUAAUUAUUUCAAGGGCAGUAUCCUGGUGCUGACCUACCUGGUGGUCCUACUAGGUUUCUACCUUAGCGGCUAUACCGACAUGGAAAGUAUGGAAGUCAACCCACUGGACACACUCGCCCUGGGCUCAAGUAUGGGGCUGCGAUCCGGGCUGUCCGGGGGUAAAGAGCUGUGA